UCCACUUCCACCUCCGCGUGCGCGCUCGCUACUCAUUCAUCGGCCGAUUAAUUCGACACGCUCUCACACCAACGACCAAGGUCGCCAUUGUCUUUGCCAAGAAAACCCCGGAAUCUACUUCUGUGCAACGCAUACCUGCCCACCAUGUCCGACCCGUUACUCUUCGAGGACACCUUCACCAUCACGGCGAUCAACCAGCAGAAAUAUGACCGCGUGUCGCGCCUGACCUGCACCUCCUCGGACAACUUCACCACCUUCACGUUGGAUGUCAACACCGAGCUGUACCCCUGCGUCGUGGGCGAGUCCCUCAACAUGGCGCUGGCGUCGACGCUGUCGCUGGAUGGCAAGGACGACUCCGGGGCCAAGGCGGGCUGGAAGGAGGUCGGCAUGGGCGAGCAGACGCUGGCCAACGACUACGAUUACGUCUGCCAUGGCAAGGUCUACCGGUUCGAGGAGGGCUCGACUUCGGGAAACAUGGCUGUCUUUAUCUCCUUUGGCGGAUUGUUGCUCUACCUCGAGGGUCCCUACAAGAAGCUGGCUCCCUUGCGGAUCGACUAUGUCUACCUUCUUCUUAAGAAAUAAGGAACGCGAAGGACGAGCAUCUCUUUGACGUUUGUUGUGUGAUUCCCUAGGCUAUUCUGGGUUGUAGAAGCGCUCUAAGUCCGACUAGUAUCUGGGGAACGGGGGUCCGAAACGGAAGAAAAAAAAAAAAGUCUGAUUGCAUUUGAUUGGGGUCCUUCGAUUGCAGCGCCGGCGUUCGAUUGGUGAAAUUCGGGUAUAUUAAAUAGAACCACUAAAUAUCU